AUGGACAGGACAGCCAGCAGCAUACCCAAGAUCGCACUCGACGCAUCCGCAGACCUCGCUUACAUCCGCACACAACUCCAAUCAGCCCUCACAGCGCGUCUCCAAACACACCUCCCAGAUGCGCUGCCCGAAGAUGCCAUGCGCCUGGCAAUCGAACGGCACAUCACCGGUUUCCUGCAACAAACCAUGACCUAUACCCUCAAGAAUGUCCUCAUCAAUGGUCUGGAUCCACGUCCGUCUGAUAUUGCAAAAGGCGUGCAAGUCGACCCGGAAGAGUUUGAACAGCAUGAUGCAGGCUUACAUGCCAAUGUCCUCAAAAUGCACGCGACAUUGGAAGAAGCCAUGACGCGUGUUGCGACACUACGGAGGCAGGUUCCGCAAGAGGUACAGCAGGCGUAUCAGCCAACGGAUCCUGCGGCUGUGUUGGAAGCGUGUCUCUCUGGCAGCACAGAUGGGCAGGGUGAUUCUGUAGAGGCAAGUGAUCAAGGAGGAGCAGUGCAGGUGGAUAUACCGAGGCUAGCGGAAGUGGAGGAGACCAUGACGGAGAGCUGUGCAUUGCUCAGGGAGAUCAAGGGACAAGUCGGUGCAGUGCAUGGAAAGGUCCAACGAGCCAAUACAGCGCUCGCCUUUCUCAGCAAGCAGUCAGGUACCUCAUGA